AUCUAGGUAUACUUGGCAGCUAGUAACUUGCAAUUACUCUUUUCCUGUAGCUGAAAUUUAACUGUUUUUUUCUUAGUAUUUUGGAUUAUAAUAUUUUUUUCUUCACUCACGUGCUUAGGCACUUCUUUGCAAAUCAGAGAAUUUUCAAAAUUAGGACCUUCUUACAAACACUUGUCCUCCUUCCUCAAAAAAUUUGUGAACUGUCUUUCGGAUUGUUUGGUUAUACAAGAAUUUUUCGUUAUUACUUUGCUUCAAGCAGAAGAGAAUGGCUCAAGCUGUGAAUUACCAUCCUUCUCAUAUGGAAUCGUAUUUGCAAGAACUCAUUGGUCGUCCGUUUCGAGACAUUCAAGCUGAAAAAGAACGAUUGAAAAGAAAGUCUGAGAGUCUAGAACAAGAGAAGCUUUCUUAUUUGCAGUCAAACUAUAAAACUCUGGUUGAAUUAGCUGAUUGCCAAGCUACUACCAAAGAAUUCUUGGGCAAUACAAAGGAACUUUCCCAGAAUAUAUUCGGUAAAAAGGAUGCGCUAUAUAACAUCACCUCUCAAAGUCAACAAUUUUUAUCGUCGAUUUCAAUUCAUCACCAGCAAGCUUUGCUUAUGCAUCGAAUGCAGCCUCAAGUCUCUAGUAUUUUGAAAAUUCCCGAGUUAAUGGAUUCUUGCAUUCAGAAAGAGUAUUUUUCAGAAGCUUUGGAGUUUCAAGGUCUUACACAUCGCUUACGAGAUCGGUUUGCUUCAAUUGCAGUCAUACAGGAUUUGGUAUAUCAAAUAGAGGCAUUAUCUGAAAAGCUAUCCGCAAAAUUCUUACUGCAGCUUCAAAAACCUUUAAAACAAUAUACUCUAAUUAAGAUAGUAACUUAUCUUCGUGUCACUAGCAAGCUUUCUGAGGCGGAAAUUAAAUACAUAUUCCUUUUCUAUGCUUGGCAGCAGCUGCAGUCAAAUUUGAAGAGCUUGAUUCCUUUACUUGAUUACAAUAAUCCAGAGCUCUAUUUAAAGAGAUAUUUGCAAGUGAUUCGUGAUCGUGCUUUCUCUUUACUAUUCCAAUACCAGAGUGUAUUUUAUGAGUCAACCACUCUGUAUGCUGAUCCAGCAAAUUCUACAGUUGACAAUGCCAACCUUUCUUUCAACGAGGCAUCUACUCUGCACCAGCUGGAUCAUGAAAGUCUGCAAAGCUUUAGCCAAAAUAUCAUAUCUUCUUUCGUAAAAAAAUUAGUGAAAGAGAUAUGUUAUGUUUUGGAGACUUUUCUACCUAGAGUUCAUGAAACGACGGUCCGUUCUUCUUUACUUUUACAAUUGUAUUAUUGUAACCAAAGUUUAGCAAAAGUAGGAACUGAUAUGUCCAUUCAUCUUUAUACAAUUCUCGGAAAGGAAUGGCUUGAUAUGCUGAUAUCACAAGCUGAAGAGAAACCUUUUUAAUUCCGCUACUUUUUAUCAAACCUUCUCUUGUUAUAGACUAGUCAUGAUUAUUUAUGCAUUGUUAAUAAAUCUAGAUAUUUUUAGACAAAGAUAAUUGGAACUCCUUUUCAAAAAGAUAUUGGGUAAAUUACAAAGAAAGAGAGAGGGAUAGAUAGCAGGAUGGAAGAUGAUAUUAUGAGAAAAUAAGCUUUAUGUUAAUUACAUAACAAUUUCCCUUAAAACAG